AUGGCGACGGCCGUGCUCGACACGCCCGACGCAAUUUCCACCGCGCCGCCCGUCCAAGUGCAAGUGAUCAGCCAAUGGGAGACGGCGCUUCAGAGCAUGGUGGAGGAGAAGGUCCGCUCGUGGUACAAGCUGGCCAAUCAGGGCAUUUUCACGCGCCGCCGCACAAAAGGCGGGAAAAAGCACCACCACCACGACGCGCCGCCCCUGAAGCAGCAGCAGCGAACGGUUCACCGCGAUGCGGGGGAGCAUCAGCAUCACUCGGGGAAGCACCACAAGAAGCACCAUCGAGGAGCGGAAAACGCGGCGGCUCCGGCGCAUGCGGUGGACGUGCGUGUGGAGUGCGAGGAGGGCGCUGCGGAAACCACACCGCUGCUUACGGCGAGCCGGACGCAGCAGCUGGAGCAGAAGCUCCUUAAGGGGGAGCGGGUCCGCGCUGUCUGGGGCAUCGUUACGGUGGGCAUCCUAGUGGCGCCGGCGUGCGCGUGCGCGCUCUUCGCGCUGCUCUUCCCCGCCCUGCUCCCUUCCUGCCUUGCCAUAUGGGCCAUCGUCGAGGUUAUCUUCGUGGCGAUCCGCUAUCGGCAGCUGCGCCACGCCAGCGACCACCGUCCAGAGCUCCCGCUACCUUCUCUCCAGAGCGUCUCGGACCUUCUCAGCCGCAUCCUGAAGCUCAAGGGCAUCGUGGAUGCGCGCUAUUUCUUCGAGGGGUGGUUUCACAACACGCCUCUGGAGCGCCUGACCCGCGAGCACAUCAAGCAGUUCAUCUCCUUCGGGUUCUUCUAUCGCUCGUUCGAGCAGCUGUCGCCCGAAUACCAGGAGGCUGUGGAAGCGCACAUGCACUCCAUCGCGCAGGUCUGGGACCUAACAAUGCUCUCCUCACUCUUCUUCCGCCCAUCUUCCCCCUUCCCCCCUUCCCCAUCCAUCUCCCCCCCCUCCCCCCCCCCACCCUCCCACUCUCAGCGCACAUGCACUCGAUCGCGCAGAGAGGAGAGAGGGGAGGGUGAGGCUGUAGCAGGGGGGAAGUGGAGGAACGGCGAGGAAGGGAUCGGGUUUAUGGCUCACACACAGGAGCCGAUCAGGGCGGUGGUGCAUCCGCUGUUUGUGUAUGCGUGGGGGCACAUGGUGGCUUGGCUGACUUGGAUGUGCUUGGCCCUUUUGGGGUUCCGCAGGCACCUCUCCCCCUCCGGCCUGGUUUACUUUCACCGCCCGGGGUGGAAGGAGCACAAGGGAAACAAGGCGCACAAGGCAGAGGCGGAGGCGGAGAGCGGUGCAGAAGGGUACGACGCGGUGGUGUUCAUCCACGGGCUAGGCAUCGGCCUCACGCCCUACCUCGCCUUCAUUCACAUGCUGCUCGCUGCCUUCGGCUCCAAGCCCUUCAUUGUGGUCGAGCUGCCCCACCUCGCCUGUCAACUCACCUCCGCGUCUCCUACCAUUGAGGAAGUGUCGGCUGCAUUGGUUGAGACGCUGAACAAGCACGGGUACAAGCGCGUGGCGUAUGUCGGUCACUCCUACAGCACCUUCAUUGCUGCCACUCUCCUGCGCCGGCAUCGGUCAGUGAUAGCAGCAAUGAGCAUCAUCGACCCCGUCUGCCUGCUGCUCUGCCUGCCGAAAGUGCUGCACACGUUUGUGUACAGCCUCCCAGGCGGGGACCACCUGGCAGCGUGGAUAGGCGAGUCAGUGCGUUGGGUGCUGUGCUCUCGGGAGCUACAAGUGGCUCGCAGCAUCUGCCGCGGCUUCUCAUGGCAGGAGUACCUGGUGUGGGGGGAUGAGCUGCCGCCUGCCUCUCUGGUGAUGCUGGCAGGGGAUGACCAGCUGGUGCCAUCGCCACAGGUGCAGAGUCACUUGGCUCGUCACAAUGUGAAUGUGAUUUACAACGACGGGUUCCAGCAUGCAGAGUACCUCACAAGGCCCGAUGUACAGCACAAAUUCGUGAUGGCGUUUGCAGCUACAUGCGCCAAGACGCCUCAAAACGAGUUCACGCCUCAAAACGAGUUCACGCCUCAAAACGAGUUCACGCCUCAAAACGAGUUCACGCCUCAAAACGAGUUCACGCCUCAAAACGAGUUCUUCCACUGUCCUUCCUUCUCCGUUUCUCUCCCUUUCCCAUCCUCUCAUCCCUCCUCCCAGAAAUUCAGGGCCAUCAACGGGCUGAUACUCCCAGGCGGGGGCACGGAUCUGGUUCCAGGGCCGUUCUUCUCUGCUGUGGAGAAACUACUCAAGAUGGCCCUGGCAGCCAACGAGGAAGGGGACUACUUCCCCGUGCAGGGCACGUGCAUGGGCAUGGAAGUGCUCUCGAUAUUCUUCAGUCAGGAUUUUGAUAUUCUGGAGACCAAGGCGUUCAGUGCGGAGGACAGCCCAGAGGCGCUCAUAUUCACCAGUGAAGAGGCCAAGCGGCGAGCCUACUUCAGCUGGAAUACGUCACAACCAUAG